GAAGACAGCUGACACGUGGGAAGCGUUUAACAGCACUGGAUGGUGCUUCAGUUUUUUUUAAACAUGAACCCGUGCAGCGCGGCGUGUUUCUCUGAGCUCAUGAACGCACAGCCCGGUUAAAACAGGAGGUCUGCUGUGGUCUGAAUCGACAGCGAACUGGAAAUGUUAUGGUGACUCAACUAUCCGCUUCGAAUCACAAAUCAUCACUGAAUUCUGUAUGUAAUCGAAUGCACCAAAUUGUUGUCACUCGCACCGGCGAUAGUAAACAGUAGUGAAAUCUGUACGGUGAGGAAGGAGGCGUGGCAUGACGCCAGAGUUCCAUAUUGACAGGAAAACUCACCAAAUUUGGAGCUGCUUCCUGCUCUCUCUCUCCGGGUCACCAUGCUGCGCCUGUGCUGCGUGCUGGAGCGUUUACACGCGUGUACCGAAGCCUCCGCGAGCAACCGACACUGGACCAAAAUCGCCGAGCUGUCUGUGAGGUUCUCCAGUACUAAAGCUGCUCCGCGGUUCCGAAGAAUGGACUAUCAGGAUGCGGUUUGCACCCUCAACACCCUCCAGACGAACGCCAGCGCGCUGGAGCAGGUGAAGAGAGAGAGAGGUCAUCCUCAGCUCCAGCUGCAGGCCAUGAGAGGCUUCCUCCAGCGGGCAGGACUCAAGCUAAAGUCUUCUUCGCAUUGUGAAAACAAGUUCUUCCUCGUCAACAGAUUAAUUUAUUGCAAUGCUUUUCUUAGGCGUCCCUGGGUGUGUGGCAUCUCCUCUUUGGGGAUAGAUCACACCAGCAUACUGGGAGACACCAUUGAGAAAAUUGCUUGGCAGAAAGGAGGGAUUUUCAAGCUAGGAGUUCCUGCAUUCACAGUCAAACAACCUGAUGGGCCGAUGAAGGUGCUUCAAGAGAGGGCAGAAGAAACUGGGUGUUCGUUAUCAGUGUGUCCUGAUCUGGAGGAGUAUGAGAGCGAGGGUUCGCUCAGCUUGGGUCUAGCUGGUCACCAUCAGUGCAGUAACGCUUCUCUGGCUCUACAGCUCUCACACACCUGGCUGCAGAGACACUUCCUCACAGAUCCUGCGUCAUCAUCUCCAGUGGAGUUCAGCGGUGUGAGUUCAGCUCCAGUGAUCCAGCCUAGUCCUGCAAUGAUCAAAGGUCUUGCAGAGACUGAGUGGCCUGGGCGCAAUCAGAUGCUAAAACACAGUCCUGUGACGUAUUUCCUGGAUGGAGCUCAUACUACUCGCAGCAUGCUGGCCUGUGUCCGCUGGUUCAAUGAAGUCACACCACAACACGAGAGAAAUGCUGGGGGUUCGGUGGUGAGGGUCCUCUUAUUCAACGCUACAGGAGAGAGAGACUGUGCCGCUAUGCUCAAACUGCUCGUACCCUGUCACUUUGACUUUGCUGUGUUCUGUCCGAACAUCACGGAGGCCAUAGCGACCUGUAAUGCAGACCAACAGAACUUUAAUGUUUCUGUGGAGAACAUGCUCACACGUUGCUUGGACAACCAGCAGAGCUGGCGUGUUCUGAAUGGCCAGGAGGAGAAGCCAGAGGCGGAGCUUCUGAUCGGAGGUGGUUUGCCAUUGGUGGCAGAAAGACACACGGACACACUGGUGUUUCCCUGCAUCCUCAGCGCCCUGCAGUGGAUCAGUCAGGGAAGAGACUCUGCUCUGUCGGACCCAAACAAAUGUGUCAUACCCGUUAAACCUAGCAUAAAAGCGAAAGCUGCUCCACUCCGAGAGGCUGUAAGCAUACACGUCCUCAUCACAGGUAGUUUACACCUCGUGGGAGGGGCUUUAAAACACUUGGACCCUUCUUUAAACUCAUAAUGGACAUAUGCACGUGUCUGCAGUGUCAGACAGACAGCCAAACACAGCAAGAGCACCACCUAGUGCCUGAACCCUAUGUUUUGGUACUCAAAGGAGUAGUUCACCCAAAAAUUAAGAUUUGUUAAAAAUGUACUACUCACCCUCAGGUCAUC